AGUGAAGCCGAUGAACAGACGUCAUUGUCACAUAUAUAUGUACGUUUUCAUCAUUGGAAGCCUGGAACGUUCAUCGUGAGGCAAAAAACACACACACAAAGUUCACAAACAGUUCAACAGUUCGUACCAAACAGUCAAUAUUCGGUGAUACGCUCGUGAAUACAAUGAGAUUGAAAACAUUGUAUCCCUGAAAAUGUGUUUAAUUACGUGUUCCAUACCAAAACUUAUGAUAAUAUUAAGCUUAAUUCAAUUCAUUCAUAAUGGUGCAACGCAGUUACUAAUAAACGUGCAAAAUCAGGGAGGCGAAGUAGUACAAGAAACCAUAACAUCAAACAUAAACGACGACCUAAUUAUUUUAGAAUUUCAAAAAACCGAUGGCACUUUAAUAACUCAAUUAUUGGAUUUUCGAAAUGAGGUGCAAGUAAUGAAGGCAUUGGUGCUGGGCGAAGAAGAACGUGGUCAAAGUCAAUACCAAGUUAUGUGCUUUAUAACAAAGUUUCAAAAAAGUGAUUUUAUUUCAUCGGAUGCCAUGGCAAAAUUAAGACAGAAAAAUCCCAGCACAAUACGACAACCGGAAGAGGAUAGAGGCAGAGAAAACUAUACGAUGACAGGCUGGGUAGAAAUAGAAAGGUCAACACCCAUAAGUCGACACAUUCCAGCUCUUUGUUCCGAGGCAAAUAAUUCAACAUACGUAAGAGAUGUUGACCUCAAAGCAUGGAGUGAACUGCCAGGUUCAUCAAUAUCAAGUUUAGAAUUAGCAACACAUUCAUUUCCACCCACUUCCCCAUCACGUUGUACCGAUGUUGGUUUAUACGGACCGUGCAUUUGCACACUAGAGAUGUGCAUCGGAUGGUAUCCGUGCGGUCUGAAGUACUGUAAAGGAAAACCUGAAAAUAACAAUGGUAUCGCAAAUAAUGCUAAAUUCCGGUGCGGUAUCAAAACGUGCAGAAAAUGUAAUCAGUACUCGUACUACGUGAGGCAAAAGCAGCAAUGUUUAUGGGAUGAUUGACCAGCAACAAAUCAAUUGAAUCAUGAAAACACAAUUUUUUCUAGUUUAAUUAAAUUGUCCGGCACAAAUUAUUGUUAUUGAAGCGAUGUCACCGCGUGCACACAUCGGCAUAACGGUAAUUAAAAUAAAUGAUAAUAAAUGUAUUAUGAUGAUUGGCGUGCUGGUCGCAUGGAUGAGGAUGGAGAACGUGCACAUCCUAUACACAAUAUACAAAACAAAAUGAAUUGUAUAUGAUGGACAUAUGAAGCAUUCGAUAAACAUAGUAUUUGAUAGACUUGAUAGCAUGUAAAUAUGAAUCCAAUAAGCACACGAACACAAAGAAUGGAAAAUUUCAUUGAAAAACAUUUUUUUGUUAUGUUUGGUUUGGUGGAGCAAACCAACUCGAUGAAAAGCAAACAAGACUGUAUCUGUAUGUAUGUCUACAACAUUAAUUUAGUUUACCAAAUUAAAUGGUUAAAAAAAAA